AUGGCAGCCCUGACCCAGUAUGAUUGGCUCCUUGCCAUCAUCACCAUCGCAUUCUGUUUCAGUGCGUUCGGUAACGGUGCAAACGAUGUCGCAAACUCCUACGCAACUUCCGUGGCAGCAAGGACCCUGACCAUGGUUCAAACCGGAUUCCUGUCAAUUAUCACUGAAUUCGUCGGUGCUGUGGCUCUAGGAGCCCGAGUCACAUCCACCAUCAAGAAUGGAAUCAUCUCUAUCGAUCGGUUUAAUGGAGAGCCUGGCGUGUUGAUGUUGGCGAUGACUUGUGCUGAAAUCGGGAGUGCCGCUUGGUUGAUGAUAGCCACAAGAUUUGGGCUGCCGGUUUCCACAACCCAGACUACUGUCGGUGCUUUAAUCGGCGUGGGAUUUGCUUCCCAAGCACCCAUCAAAUGGGCGUGGCAAUCGGGCAGUGUUUCUCAGGUUGCUGCGUCUUGGGGUAUCGCUCCAGGGAUCGCGGCAGGAUUCUCUGCCAUAAUCUUCGCGACUAUCAAAUAUCUCGUUUUGGAGCGGAACGAGCCUCUGAAAUGGGCUAUGAGGUUGAUCCCAUUCUAUCUGGCGUUCACUGCGGCUAUGCUGGCACUCUUCAUCGUGGUCGAAGCGCCAACAGCACCUUCACUCGAGGAGUUUGGUGCCGGGAAAGCAUCGGGUAUCAUUUUGGGGGUGUUCUUCGGAUCGCUUCUCAUUGCCUAUGUCUUCUUCAUGCCAUACUUCCAUCGAAGGUUGAUUCGUGGCGAUGCCCGACUGAAGUUCUAUCAUAUUCCACUUGGUCCCCUGCUGUGGAGGGAGGAUCCAUGGAUUUAUUUCCCUGGCAACCCUGACGGUGAAGUUGUGCUUGAUCACUACGAGAACGCUUACAGGCGAGACACACCCGCCGAUUCUCCAGUGCUGGCACCCAACCCCGAUAAGCAAUAUUCCGAGAAAGAUGUCGCUGUCAAAGAUUCAGUGGAUGUGGAGCAAAACCAGCCCUUACCGCCAGUCAAAGAGAAGCGAUUCAUGGAACCACAGGAACGCUUUCUGGCUCCCACGGCUCACCUUCCGCUCUACAAUCCACAACGAAUGUGGUCCUGGGCCAAGUUUAUCGCCCUCCAAGGUGUCACUCGCGACUGUGUAUCUCACGCCUCUGAAAAACUGGCCAAGACCCACAAAUUCGCGAUUCAUUAUGACAACAAAGUUGAGCAUCUCUGGACAUAUCCUCAGGUUGCCAGUGCUAUGUUGAUGUCAAUAGCACAUGGCUCGAACGAUGUCGCCAAUGCCGUUGGGCCGUGGUCAGCUGCGUAUUCUACCUACGAGGCUGGAAUCGUGGCCACCAAAUCCCCAACCCCAGUCUGGAUGCUUGUCGUUGCUGGAUUGUUGUUAGGCCUUGGAUUCUGGGUCUUCGGUUACCACAUCAUUCGUUCCUUGGGCAAUAAGAUCACUCAAUUGUCACCCACUCGCGGAUUCAGUAUGGAGCUUGGGUCAGCCAUCACUGUGUUGUUGGCUUCCAGACUUUCACUGCCCGUUAGUACAACACAGUGUUUGACUGGUUCUACCGUUGGGGUGGCUCUGAUGAACUAUGAUGUGCGUGCUGUGAACUGGAGACAGGUGGUGUGGAUCUUUAGUGGAUGGGUUUUGACAUUGCCGGUUGCGGGGUUGAUUGCGGGGCUUUUGAUGUUGAUGGCGUUGAAUGUGCCGCAUUUCUAA